AUGUUGAAGAGUUAUUUACGUAGAUUGUCGACUGCAACGAAGCCAAAGCAAAAUGGGACAGCCGUUGUCUUCAUGAAUAUGGGUGGACCAUCUACCGUUCCUGAAACCAGAGAUUUCUUGAUGAGACUCUUCUCCGAUGGUGACUUGAUUCCUCUUGGACCAUUCCAAGAAACCAUUGCCAAGUUCAUCACAUGGAGAAGAACGCCAAUGAUUGAAAAAUACUACCAAAGAAUCGGUGGCGGUUCUCCUAUUCGUAAAUGGUCUGAAUUUCAAGUCUCAAAAGCUUGUGAGAGAUUAGAUGAAAUAUCUCCGGAAACUGCACCGCAUAGACCGUAUGUGGCAUUCCGUUAUGCAAAUCCGCUAACAGAAGAAACCCUUAAAAAGAUGUUGGACGAUGGCAUUACUAGGGCAGUUGCAUUUAGUCAAUACCCUCAAUUUUCUUACUCAACGACCGCCUCUUCUAUUAACGACUUGUACAGACUCUCCAAAAUUCAUGAUAAGGAAGGACAGAUCAACUGGUCCAUCAUAGAUAGAUGGCCUCAGCAUCCAUCUUUAGUCAAUACUUUUGCUAGACACAUAGAAGAUGCAUUAAAGAAGUUUCCGGAAAGUGACAGAGAUGAAGUUGUCAUCCAAUUUUCGGCACAUUCCCUACCAAUGGAUAUUAUCAAUAGAGGAGACUCCUACCCUGCAGAAGUUGCAGCUACUGUAUAUGCUGUCAUGCAAAAGCUGGGCUUCUCAAACCCUUACAGACUAACUUGGCAAUCCCAAGUUGGCCCUAAACCAUGGUUGGGGGCACAAACAGAAAAAACUUGUAAGAGGAUUACCGAUUACAAUUCUGUUCCAGGUGUUGUCAUUGUUCCAAUUGCAUUUACUUCAGAUCACAUCGAAACACUACAUGAAAUAGAUAUCGAGUUAGUUGAAGCCAUGGACCACCCUGAAAAGGUAGUUAGGUGUGAAUCAUUAAAUGGGGACCCUGAAUUCCACCAAGGUCUAGCGGAUUUAGUCAAGGAUCAUCUACAUUCCGGCGAGUUAUACUCCAAGCAAUUACCUUUGGACUAUAAACUUGGAAGUGUCACUGCAAAGAACGUUUUUGAACACCCAAGUGAAUUUUUUGGUAAUAGAAGAGGUAAGAAAUGGAUCAAAUAA